UGAAGUUAAUUCUUUUUUAUUUGUUAAACGGAGUUCCCUCCUUCCCCCACCCCUUCCUCCUCCUGGGCUGGCCUGUCACGCCUUCUCAACAGGCUAAAAUCAUUCAGAGCAGCUCGCGGAGAGAAACACGACAUUUAUGGUAACCAUCAGCCUUCAGAGAAAGAAAGCAGUUCAUUAAUUUACUUCACUCCUUACUUCGAAGUAUGAUAAUGCGCGUUACCCCUUAAUCAAUAGAUAUGAUGUACAGUCAAUAAGCAUAGGGCGUUAGAAAGGGGUGUCCAUCACCCCCACCCAGCCUUUGGGGAGGAAAAAGAGAAUCUGCCACAUUAGUCUUACACCAAUGUUAGGGAUCUCGGCUACAAAGCUGAUCUAAGGACGCGGGGACGUCCAAGGCAAACGCAUCCUCAAGUCAAAACAACCCGGUUCUCUUUACUAAUAUUGGCAUUAACCUCUCCUACCUUGAAAUCAAUAUUGGGACAGGGCGAAGCGCCAAUGCACGUUUUAACUCGGCUGGUGCUUUCCCUUCUGCCUAAAUUAAUAAUAGUUGUACCGAAGGCAAAACAAGAACCCUGCGCGCAACACGAUUGCGCGCAACACCUGAGGCGCUUCGCCAACCGCUCCAGCAGCAGACCAGAGGGUUUCCCCGCCCCACCCCAAAUUUGCAACAAAAGAGAGAAGAGGAACGCUCGCGCCCAAAGCAAAUAAAGAAAAAUAAUAUAUAAAAAGAAGGCGCAAGAGUAUGGGGUUGAAAUAGAUUUAAUCCGCCCUUUGGAGAGGGGAACGGAGGGCAAUCCUAUCGCAGGCUUCUCAACCACAUCUGCAGCUCUUUGCAGUUUUGCACAACACUCUUCCUUUACAUAACCAGAAGGUGCCGGGCGGCGGUGGGUGGAUGGAAAGGAAUGUUCCUCCCUCCAUCCAAAGCGGGGUUUUCCGAACCACCCAAAUGACUUAUCCGGAGAAUGGCAAGGGAGCGGGCUGCUGGUGGAAGUCUAAAGCAAUCCACUUUAAAUUAAAGCCACAACUCCUAGAGCGCGCGCGCUGUCAGAUUUAUGUAUGCCUUCCUAAAGUGGUGGUGGUGGGGGGGAGAGAAACCCCUGGGGAGGGGGGUUUAAUAUGCUCUCCCCCAAGCAAUGAACUGAGCGACGCUUAAAGAAGAGGGAGACUGGUGCGUGGAGAGUUGCACUUUGGAAGGAAAACCUGAAGCGGGAAGAGGGCGAGGAGAGGCGCGCUUUGGAGAGGCGCGCCUGUGCAUUCGCCGCCCUCCCUGGCGUUCGCCUGCAUCCUUGCCGCCGGCAGCUUCUCUCUCUGUUUCUCUGCGGCUGCCUGCGCGCCUUUCUUCCCGGAAAGGAGCUCCUCGCCUCGUUGCAGCGGCGGCGGCGGCGGAAGGCGCUUGGCGGGGCCGAUGAUGACCUCACGCGGCCACGUCUCGGAGCGGCUGUCGGCGGCGCGGAUUGGCUGGCGCGGGCUCAGCGGCACUUCAAAGCCGGCGAGGGAGCUACAAUUGUGGUGGAAUGGGCGGAACUGAUCAUUGUAUUGCACACCUCUUAAAAAAAAACACUGCCUCUGAUUUAUCAAUAUAAAAAAGAUCCUCUGAGAGGAGGGCACUUUGUGGGAUGGCAACUUCACUUCUAGGGGUGAGUCUGAGGAUUUUCUCCCCCCCCUUUGCUGUUUUAAUUGGGUCCUUUUUAUUGGCGAUUGGAGAAGGGUUAAAGUAGCCCCUCUCUUGACCGGGGGCUAUCAGUCUCUCCUAUUGAGGCUUUUAUUUUUUUUCCUCUUUUGCCUUUCUCUCUCUAAGUCCAAGUGAGUUCGAGAGAAAAGAAAGCGGAAAAAGGGGAGGGGGAGGAAGAAAGAGGGCAGUCACUUUUUUUUGUUUUUUUGUCAGCGUGCAGGCAAAGGUUUUAAGGGCAUUAGUAGGAACCACGUCCAGAGCUUGGGCUGAGCUAUUCCUGUAUCCCCGGAGAACUGGCCUCUCUCCCUCUCCCUCCCUCUAUUAUCUGCUCCGAGGGAAAAAGCAGCUGCCUCGCUCGGUCUCCUCUUUCCCUGCGAGGUUUUUUUCCCUUCCUUUUUUAAAAAAAAAAUUGCGACAGCCUGUUGUUGUUGUUUUUCCCCUCCUUUAACAUUUCACUGAGCCCGUCAUUUCCUGCAGGUAUGUGAAACCUUUUCCUCUCAAUCUAAUUCCUAGCUGUGGGUGAACAGGAAAGGUGGCGGCGGGUGGUUCUUGGGUUGUUGUUUUUUGUUGGAGUUUGGGGGGAGGAAACUGCCGUGGGAAAAAGAACCCCCUUUAAAAAGUUUACAGACAGCUGGGUGGGGAAAGAGAUCUGAAUCCGGAUCGUUUUGGCUAAAUCCUGGAGUAGACUCUUUGGAAACCGAGCGACUCUGGAUUGGGGCUCCGGGGUUGGCCAAGCAUCUCCCCGUCGCCAGUAGGAGCCCGCGAUGUAUCUGGACGGGGCUUUAGCCUCCGUUCCUGCUCCUCGGCUCGCCUCGGGGAUGCGUUUUCAGCUUCAUGCCCAGAAGCCGUCGGCUUCCUUUCAAAGCAAGCCUCUCCGGGGGGUUUUGAGCGGGGAGACGGGAGCUUAAAUGUCCUCCGGGGAGCCUCGAGGAGGCGUCCGGCAGCAGCUCCUCGAGCGCGGCUGGCUCCUGGCCGCCCCCGUCUCCCCAUCGGCGGGCACGCCGAGCAGCGCGGGGGGGCUGCCCUGGCCGUGAGGUCUCUUUCCCGGGCGAUUCUGACGCGCGCUUCCCUGCGGGCCUCUCUCCCUUCUCGCUGCAGGAAGAACCGCGCCUGGGCUCCACUCCGCUGGCCAUGCUCGCCGCCACCUGCAACAAGAUCGGCAGCCCCAGCCCCUCGCCGUCGGCGCUGUCGGACAGCGCGUCGCCCUUCGCCAAAGGCUUCCACCCGUGGAAACGCUCGUCGUCGUCGUCGUCGGGCAGCUGCAACGUCGUGGGCUCCAGCCUGGCCGGCGUCGGCGUCUCAGCCUCGGCCCGAAACGGCUCUUCGGCUCACGCGGCGGCGGCGGCCGCAGCAGCGGCGGCGGCAGCCGCGCUCGUCUCGGACUCGUUCAGCUGCGGCGGGUCGCCGGGUUCCAGCGCCUUCUCGCUCACGUCCAGCGGCGCCGCGGCGGCAGCCGGCUCGCCCUUCGCCAACGACUACUCCGUCUUCCAGGCGCCCGGGCCGUCGGGGGGCGGCGGCGGCGGAGGGGGAGGCAGCGGCGGCGGCGGAGGGGCGCAGGACGCGCACCAGCCGGUCUUCAUCUCCAAGGUGCACACGUCGGUGGACGGCCUGCAGGGCAUCUACCCGCGCGUGGGCAUGGCGCACCCGUACGAGUCGUGGUUCAAGCCUUCGCACCCGGGCGACGCGGGCGCCUCCAGCUGGUGGGACGUGGGCGCCGGCUGGCUCGACGUGCAGAACCCCAACGGGGUGCACCCGGCCGCCGCGGGGCUCCCCGCCGGCUCCCUGCACUCCCCUCUGGGCGCCUACAACUCGGAUUACUCGGGCCUGGCGGGCCACUCGGCCUUCAGCAGCGGCGCGGCCUCGACGCACCUCCUGAGCCCCGCCGGGCAGCACCUCAUGGACGGAUUUAAGCCCGUGCUGCCGGGCUCGUACCCGGAGCCGUCGCCGUCGCCCCUGACGGCGGGCGCGGGAGGCUCCAUGCUGGGCGCGGGCCCCUCCGCGCCGCUAGGCGGCUCCCCGCGCUCCUCGGCGCGCCGCUACUCGGGCCGCGCCACUUGCGACUGCCCCAACUGCCAGGAGGCCGAGCGGCUAGGCCCCGCCGGCGCCAGCCUGAGGAGGAAAGGCCUGCACAGCUGCCACAUCCCCGGCUGCGGCAAGGUGUACGGCAAGACGUCGCACCUCAAGGCGCACCUGCGCUGGCACACGGGCGAGAGGCCCUUCGUGUGCAACUGGCUCUUCUGCGGCAAGCGCUUCACGCGCUCGGACGAGCUGCAGCGCCACCUGCGCACGCACACGGGCGAGAAGCGCUUCGCCUGCCCGGUCUGCAACAAGCGCUUCAUGCGCAGCGACCACCUCAGCAAGCACGUCAAGACCCACAGCGGAGGCGGCGCGGGAGGAGGCGGCGGCGGAGGCGGCGGCGGCUCGGGAGGCGGCAAGAAAGGCAGCGACACCGACAGCGAGCACAGCGCCCCCGGCAGCCCGCCCUGCCACUCCCCGGAGCUGCUGCAGGCCUCCGAGCCCGGCCACCGGAACGGCCUGGAGUGAAAGCGGCAGGCUCCGAGGCAAGGCCCCGAGGGGACUCCUUUUCGUGUGUGUGUGGUUUUCCUUCUUUCUCCUCCCGCCUUUUUGUUUUCCCGCCCAGCCGCCUGAGAGGAAACCUCGCGCCUGUCUCAGCGACUCUGGUCAGGGGGUUAAAAACAAAACACAAAAAACACGGGGGAAAUCUCUCUGGACAUGUAAGUAGCGCCGCGCAUUGAUCCCCCGCACGGACCCCUCACUGGGCUGUCUUGCCCCGCAAGCUCCGGCCCCCGGCCGCCCUCGCAGCUACGCCGCCUGAGCCGCGCACGGGCGAGAGGAGAAGGAGGAGGAACUUUCUCGCGGGAUCUUUGGGGGUCUCCCAAGCAGCUGCUCCAGAGAGGCAGCCCCCCUCCCCACUGACUUCCACGCUCCAAGGGAAAGAGGUUUUAUUUUUUGGCGGGGGGGGGAGUCUCCAACCUGCGGGACGGAGGGAGGGCGUGGGAUCCCGAUCUGGACAAACUACAGAGCCAACAACCUAUUGAUUGAGAAUUAGAGUCUCUUAUCAGGAAACAAAACAAAAAGCAGCCAAGAUCUCCCGCUGAAAGCACUUUGAAUUAAAUAGAUAUAUAUAUAUAUAUAUCGUGGGAAGCUUUUUUAAAUUAAAAAAACAAAACCUUAUUAUUUCGGACCACUCCUAAACUUCUCUUCAACUUUGCAUUGAACUGCAGUCGCCAGCCCGCUAGAAUGCUGCCCGUUGAAGUUGGUGGGAUUACUCUGGAGUAAAAGGGUGAAGCCUGAAGCAUUUGUGUGUGUGUUUAUGUGAGUGUGCAUGUAGGUGUGAUCACUAACCAGCCCCAUUCGCAAAUCACUUACGCCAGAGUAUUCCGAAUUGGAAUGAAGUGGGUACUUAUUUUACAACAUCUCCAAGUAAACUGCUUCGGAGGCUAGUCCAAGGCAUUUUAGUCUAUGAUCCCUACCUGAGGUUGGGGGGUGGGGGUGGGGCGUUACAUUCAAUGGGAGUCAAUUAAACUUUCUUCCAAGUAAAGAAGUGUUUUGAGUGAUAUCCCCUUUGAAGCCCGUGAUAUUUACAGCCAAAGGAAAAUUCCUGAAUUUCAGCAGAUUUCGCUGGCAUCCAAUUCUAAAACAAUUGCUCUGAAACAAGUGACUUCUGCUUCAAUAAGAGGUUAUGUCCAAGGAUCUUCUUGGUGUCCUUAGGAUUUCAACUUCACAGCUCAGCCCCAUAUAUGUUUACACAGAAGUAAGUAAAACUGAAUUAAGUUGCCUUAAGCUACAAUCCUAUGCAUGCUUAUGGGAGUAAUAUCCAUUGAGCACAGUGGAUCUUACUUCUGAAGAAAACAUGCAUAGGGUUGGGCUGCAUUCAUUUCGUUCAAUUGGACUGUAUCAGUGUAAACCCCACUAAUUUAAGUGAAUUAUGGAUUGGGCUAUAAAUCUAAGUUCUCUGCCUUAAUUGAUCACAGCCUAAAUCAUGCUUAGUCUUUUUUUCUUUUUUAAAAAUGCUUCUUGGAGAAAGUGUAAUUACUCUGGCAAAUCCAACACUUUUGGACACAAACAUUUACAUUUGUUCUUGGAAACCUUGAGUAUAAUCGAGACAAUUUUAAUGUCCGGUUGGUUUCAGUGGCUAAACUCAAGAUUAAUUCUAUCCUAUUGAAAUCAAAUGACUUUAAAUUUCUUAAUUGUGGCUGGAUAGUGCCCAUAAUUCGAAAUGUGUUUGACUUCAGAUCUCUUCUGAUGAUUUUUCUCUUAAAAGAUAGAGAUAUAGGCUAAUUUUCAGUAACUUCAUUUUCUUAAAAGUUUCUCCCAUGUUUAAAAAAACGUACCAGCGUGAUAGCCCUCUGAUUUCAGAGUUUCAGCAUCUAUAUUCAUGCAGUGCUCUAGAUGCACCUAGGAUUAAAAUUAUUAUUUGUAGCAUUAUUUUUCUGAUUUAAAUAAUUUAAGAAGUACCCUUGCUUUUCAGCGAGCCUGUAGUUUGAAUGCCAAAAAAGAGGGGGGUCAUAGGGACAAAUAUUUGUAAAAUAAUUCUAAACCUAAUGGUUUGUACAACGGAAUCGUUGUAAAAUAGCUAACAAAUAUAACUCCCACCAGUGUAUCGGUGUGAGAUGCAGUUGUCCAGGAGACGAUUUUGUAUAGUAUUUUUCUUGUAUAUUACUUCCAGUAAAUAUUUGAAAAUAUAUUAAAGUACACUUGAGCUUCCCCCCCUUCUUUCCCCCUCCUCUUUUUGGUCACAAGAAAAUAUUAAAGCAUUAUUGUUGCAGUCCUAAUUAACUGCAUUUUUAACUUGUCCCUUGAAGUGUGCAGCAAAUUGCACUUCAGGAUAUAGUUUUUGCUUGAAUAUUAAUUUAGAUAGGCGUAAGACUGUAAUUAAGCAAACAAUAUUUGAUAAAUGUUGAAUGACAUUUAAUUUAAUGGAGCAUGUACUUAUUUGCAUUUGCUGGCAGUUCAGGUAUAGUUUAAGUGAGAGUUCUCCUAUAUUUCAAAACAGUGGGCGCACCCAGACCCAUGUAUUAAAUAAACUGUCCAAGUGAAACUGACUAAUGAUGGCCUAUGUGUAUUUCCUGAAAAUAAUAAUGGUGAAUGUUACUAAAACACUCCUGAUGCUACUUUGAAGUUUGCAAACCCUGCAAACAAAUAGUCUCAUUGUAAUGUUGAAAUAAGUUUGGAUAUUUCACAUUGAAAUGGAAAAAAGCCUUUCGCUGGAACACUUUAAAUUUGCAUUUUAAAUGCAUGAAAUGUAAUUGAUUUUUAUCUGUAAGAUUUUAAAUGGAAUUAAUAAACACCAGAUAAAAUAAUUGUUGUUAGGUUAGUUAAUUUCUUUCUAAAGAUAAAAAGGUGGCAUCUUCAAAUUCAUCUUCGAAUUCCCUCUUCUGACUGAAAGCAUUUAUACUCUUUAACGUGUUUGGUUAACAUUUCCAUGGAGACCUCAUUGAAAGUAGACAUCAGGGAAAGAAGUCCUAUUGACAGCAACCGAGUUUACUUCUAAGUAGGACUGUUUAGUCAGGAGUGUCGGAAAUCUUGCGGAUGUUGUGUCAAGGAGGGAAAAUAUAACAAUUGCUGUGAAUAAUAACUGCUGAUGAAUGAGCACUUUGGUAUUCAAAUUAUACUUUAAGAAUGUACUCAUUUGUGAAAUACAUCCAGAUUGUAUUAACUUCUGUUGCUCAUCACCAGAUCUGAUGGGGGGGAGCACGAUUUGGAAAAUAUUGUGAAGGCAUUUAAGUGGCUAGCUCUGUGUUUAUAUGUGUAUACACAUACAGGCACGUCUUGUGUUUCCUUUUAAUGGAAAACGAAAGCAAGGGUAGAGUGAAGAGUGUCUUUCUGUCUGUCUUUUUUUUUUAAUGCAAAGUUCUGCAAUUUGUGCAAAGGCAGUGAUACUAUAUCGUUAAAUACUCCGACCCUGGGCUUUGCUGACUGGCAUCUGGAUCCGAGUCCAGCAGAACCCACUUUCCGUGUAAAGAAGCUUAGGAUCGGAGCGUUGGGAAGGAAAUUCUUCCCGGGGCUGCAAGUGAACAAUUAACUGCUCUGACAAUGGGAGGCUUCCUUUUCCCAAAGAGCCCUUGUGCUUGAUCAGCAUGAAGCUUUAAGUCCAGAAGGAGCACUCGCUAACUGUUGAUCUAGCUCUCUUGGCUAUUGUCUAAGGCUGUCAUGAGAGCGGUCCUAGCAUCCCGAUCUUCGCCACUCUAAGAAAAAGAGACAAGUAUGUCUUUGGAACGAACAACCCGAUCCUAAGGACAUUUAUUCAAAAGUCAGCCCAUUAAUUCCAGUGCCACUUCCAACAAGUGUGUGCCGACUUAGUUCUAAAUGUUCCUGAGCAAUAGAGAGAGCAAUAGAAAAACGAGGUGAGAAGCCCUACGAGGUUACAUUUGGAGGAACCGUGGUGCUUGUUGCGUGAGUCCAUGGACGUAGCCAGGAUUUUUGUUGGGGGGGGCAGAACCUUAGUUACCUAAGUUUUUUAUUAUUAUUAUUUUGGGGGGCAGGCUGCCCCUCCCUGGCUCCCCGCGGCUACGCCCAUGCGUCAGUGUUUUGUUUCCCUCCGCCACUGCCACCCGGAAAUCCUGAGCGCAUUAUUUUUUUGGCAAGGGAUCUUGCUGGGUGUUGCCUCCCUUCCAAACUGGAUAGGCGAAAACAGAAAGUUUGGGUUUGAGGCUGCAAGAAAUAGGCAAUUGCAAGACUAUCUGGGGCCGUGUGGGGCCGAGAGCUGUAAAACUGUUGCGCGCCCUCCGGUGCCAAUCCGUGGGGAAGAGGAUUGCUAUUCUUAAUCUUGUUCUCAUUCAGGUUUCCACACCAAAAUUUGGAAGCAAUGUUAGGUGGCCUGCAGAGCAAGGUUUUGGUUUGAUUGGUUUUUUCCCCUCCCAUCCCUCCAAAACCUUUCCCUUCUAUCUAACAGAGGAGCCUUGUAUCGGUUUAACGCGCCUUCCCUGUUGUCAUGCUUGUCUCUCCAUCGGGUCACAGUUUUCUUUCUAAAAGGAUAAAGUUACGAAAACCACAAACGGUAGCGCGGUAAGGUUUGCAGUUGGAGCAGGUGGCAGCCACCUUCUCCUCACUUCUUAAGAUGCGCUAGUGUUUUCAGUCGGGGCUGUUCAGGAUCUCUGCGGUCCAGGGGUCCUUUACCUUUACCUUUUAAGAGGCACUGGAGUAAUCUCUCUCUCUCUCUCGUCUCUUCCUGCCAGGCAACCGAAGGCGAGGGCGUCGAUAUGGGUUUAUUGACUUGCCUUUGCUGCUUCUCAGUCGAAUCUAGGAAGGUUAGGUUUGCUCCAAAGUAGGAAGCAUGCAGGUUGGUGUGGUGGUGUCUCUUUCUCAGCCUCACACCCAGCCACCCCAACCCGCCCCUCUCCUAACGCAGAGGCCAGCCUGACCCCGAGGUCAAUCGGGUCUCCAUCAACCCGUCCCCCAAGUGCCUUCAAAUGAUUAUGGCAUUUCUCGUUUGCUCUUUGACCCACUGAAAGGUUCCCUGCUCUCCAAAGUUGUGCUGCAUGCCUUGCUGCUGCUGAAGUCGGUGCGCGCGGGGGAGAGAGGGCAGCUACUCCCACUUUUUCCCCAGUAACUUAGGAUCUCUCCUGUCUCCGCUUGGGAUAUUUUUUGUGAAAGACUGAGGAACAGAACCGGGUUUCCUUGGGGUGAGUGGGUGAGGGGACCAUGCAGAGGGGAAAACGCGCAGUGGGCACCAGCGGGCUGUGUCAGUUACAGCCUGUGCGGUUUUGCGUGGAGAUACCGCCUUUACAAAGCGACUUUGUAACUUCAACCCGCCUAACCACUAGACCCCACCAGGCCAGGCCCAGGUAGGGAAGCCGGCUAUUUGGCCCCACGGCCUUGAGUGGGGCUGAACUGCACUCUUCAUAAGCCUUCUAACCUAACCUGAUCCUGAACACCAGAGUGCGCUACGGCGCAAGACAGCAUGUUAGGAUUUCAGCCUUGGAAGCAGGUCUCCCUGGCCUUCAUUCCAAGUAAAUGAGGAUACAAUGAGGGUGUGAAUCACUUUAAAGCCGAGCACAACUCCUGAAAUGUGGAAGGGCGAAUAACAUUAUUCCUGCGUGAAUAGACAUGCCCGCUUUUCCGGUCCCUUUGACUCGCAACACAAAAAGAGGGAGGUAAGCCUGACUAAAUGUGGAUCUCUCCCCUUCCUCCCCAUCUCUGCCCCACUCCAGGCAGUAAAGGAUCGACCACCUCUUUCAUUUCAUGAUCUCCAAUUGCUCCCAAAGUUGAGUCACUUAAACCCUCCAGCCUCUUGGCUAGAAGGUAGGGGGACUCGGUAGCGGGGUAGUGGGGACCCUACUGAUCGCCCACUGGCUUGUUCCAAUUGCUUUUCUUGGAAAGGGCAAGGAGACGCGCCUGGAGCUUUCGAGAUUCCCAGGUUGCGUAAAAGACCCGACACCCCCGGGGACAAAACCUCUCCUAGAGGCAGCCAGCGUCCUGGCUUUCCAAAACAACAUUGCAGCCAGCCUCAGCCGCUUCCCUUCCCCUUUCCAAAGGAAAAGGCUCGCUGGUCCCUCUGCCCCCUGGGCCGGUGGGGCACAGGACUCCUUGCAGAUUGGGGGCUUUGAAAUUCUCAACCGCGUUUUAGAGCUGGUGUGGCGUUGUGUAAUAGCGGGAAAGGUCGGACAAAGACCAGGAUACAAAUCUCUGCUCGGUCAUUCAUCGUGGGCGUCUCUCUUUCUCUUAGUCUCACUUACCUACAGCGCAGGGGUGUUGUUGCGGGAAUAAGACUGGGGCGGGAACAGGAAGAGAUCUUUGGGGAGAAAAUAGUGGAUACAGAUGUAAUAAUCUUAGGCCAGGCAGCAGGUUUAGUUGGUCCUUCUGAUGUUAUUGGGAGAAGGAUAAGUUUCGGGACUGAGGCUGCCAUCCUAAACUGUUUGCGCCGUGUGAAUUGGUCUGGCGAUCUUGGCUCUGUCCUUGCGUCAUCCUAAUAAAAAGGAGCGCUGCCCUUGACUUCUGGAUGGGUUGCUCGCCUACGUAGUUUGCUUGAUUUCUUGGGGAUUUGCUUCCCGGUUGCUUGUGCUUGCCUUUGCGCUCUCCUCUUCCUAUCCCGGGUUUAUGUCCUCCGAUGCGCAAGUUCCAGGAGUGCCCGGGGGCAUUUCCAGGGGAGAUCCUCUCGUGCCGGCUGAGUUAAAUGGGAUUUACUCCGCAGUCAAGUUGCACUUUGAGGAUUGCCUCCUUCCUUUUAAAAGGAAGCGGGUCAUACACUAGACAGACCUAGUCCACAAAAGUUUAUGCCACAAUCGAGCGUUUCUGGUGCAAUCCUGUAUAUGUAUAUGCAUGGGGUACAAUGAAACUUACCUCCAGGCAAACGUGCAUAGGAUUGCGCUGUUAGCCAGCAGCCCUAACCAUGUCUACUCAGAAGUAAGUCCUAUUGAUCCGACGGGGCUUACUCCCUGGUAAACGGCGUUAGGGUUGCAGCCUUGUUCUUUCAAAGAGCCUUAAAUCCGUCCUUUGGUUUAACGCUGUUCAGUUGCUCCCCAGCUUCGUUUUAAUUUGUGAUAGAUACAAGGAAAGUCGCGGCCACGUUUUCAGUUUGGAGGUGACAUGGGAACCCCAAGUAGCACCAAUGAUUGUGCAUCGCGGCCAGAAGCCUACGCUAGCCCUCCAUGAAUUUGUCCAAGCCUCUUCUAAAGCCAUCUGGGUUGGUGGAAAGAAAUAGUGCUGCUUCUCUUGGGGCCGCGAAUUACUUUUAAAACUAGACUGCUUUGGUUUCAAACGGGUCUGAGACCCUCAACACACUUAACCAGAAGUUAAGUCCGCAUUAAACUCAGCGAGGCUUGAGACCUCUGAGCACAAACGUUUGGGAAGCAAAAUACGUUCCGAAUUAGAAACCAAACAGUGCCCUUCUCGACCUUGUUUGUUACUUUAUUUGUUUUAAAAUCUACACAUCGCUUAAUUAUCCAAACAUCUAAGAGGUUUACAGUACUGAUCCGGAUGGAGGGUCUCUCAGGGGUCUUCCUGGCAGCCCCCUAAAGGUGUAAUGCCUCCUGUUCUGUCAACUUUGACUCCAAUUGUUAUCUUUCUUCCUCUCAAAGGAAUGACAUGAGUUCGCCUAGCUGCUACCCCCGCUGCCCUGGCGCGGCUGAUGGCUCGGGAGGCCCUGAUCCAGUGGGCAUGGGCGUAGCCAGAGGGGACCGGAGGGGCAGCUGCCUCCCUAAAUCAAGUAAAUAUAUAAAACAUACUUGACUAAAAGUAGAAAUUGUAGAAAGAUUUUGACAGAUUUCCCCCCUGAGCAUUUGGGGUCAAGAGAAAGUAAUUUAAAACAACUGCUGUUGAGACAUUUCACCCGGAUUCUGCUAGACAGCCAAACAGAGGAUGAUGACAGGUGGGUUUCCUGCCCCCCCCAUAAAUCUUGGCUACACCCAAGACAGUGGGAUGCUUAUAGAAGCACCCUCUUCGGAUGUCGAUGCCCAGAGUCAAUUCCACUGACUCGGGGCUCCUUUGAGGGCAUGCAUCUGUGUAGGACGGCUGUCCCUUUGAGAGAGGCCAAGGAAGCGUUUAUUUUUGGCUGAAUCCUUAAGAGGCCAUGAUAGCUGGACAACUGCACAAACACGGGCUACCGAUCCACUCAAGAGAAUUCUUGCAAACGCAGCUGAAUACUUUCUUUUGCUGGGCGCGAGACUUCCGAUGGGUCAUCAUCAUGAGAACCCCAGGCCGAAUCUAUAAGGGUGUCCCUUGUUGUUGUGGGAGCUGCAAAAGCCUCUUGCCUGUGACUUUGCGCAAAGGAGAAAGGCAGGCAGGCAGGCAGGCAGGCAAGCAAUCGCCUCCAGCUCCGCUGUGUGGGCCGAUGCAUUGCAAGGAACGAGACCGAGGGGUCUGUUGUGCUGGCCGAUGCAUCUUUCGUUCUCCUCGUCUUUCCGAACUGCCAGAUUGCGUCCACGGCCAGACAGAGCAACAGAUCGCCCCAAAUUCAACGCACAGCCUCUCUUUCCUUGGCGCAGGGAAACAGCGCCACCUCGCGAAGGAAGUGAAGCAGCUGCGGGCGACGGCAGCAGCAGCCUGUUAAAAGAUCAACAAAUUUAUUUUGGCAAAAGCUUUCCAGGGCUAGAGUCCGGUUCAUCAGAUGCUUGAAGUGUUAUACUAGAUUGCCAGGUGUAUGAUGGGGCAGCGGGGGCGGGGGGAGAAAGUAAGCAGGAAGAUUCUGAAUGGAGGAAAUGUAGUACAAAAUGUACAUACUAUAAUAAUAAUUGCAUUAAAGCUUAAAUGUACUUUCCCCUAAAAUGAUGAGAUUUCUGUUGAUGAGCCUUCUGAAUUAAUUAAUUGCAUUAAUUUGUCCAUUGUUAAAAAAAUCUUUUUUUCUCUCUAAAAAGCCCAGUCCCCUCUUGUAGGUGUGUAGACAGAUUUCCAUUUUUGUUCUAUUGCUAACCAGGCAGUAGUUAAUAAAUUAAUUCAUAAUUUCUUAUGUUUUAUACCUUCAUCAUUAAUAUAACCCUAAAGCAUUGCUGGACCAUAGUAUCCUCCAAUCUUCUUUUGCAGUUUAUAGCUAGCGUUCCACCCCACUCCACAGUUUGAACUUGCAAAUUGUUUUAUUGUUCCUGAACUGCAACCUGACACAUAUCUGUGAAACCAACCCUCAGUCCAAUGAGUUAGCUUAGUGAAACAAGCAUUCAAAUAAGGUUAGUGGUCUUGUAAUUCGGGGGCAUAACAAAUCAUUCUUUCUGCAUGAAACUUUUCUGUUUGCAAAUAUUCUAGCCAUGGCUGAGGGGGUCUUUGGUGAUGAUGGUUGUAGUCUGUCAUAAGGUAUCAAAUUCUGAUUAGGUUAUAGGUUUAUAAAGCAUUUAAGAUCCAUUAGAAUCCAGGGUGAAAAUUGGUUGAAAGAAAAAUUGUGCUGAAAUUUGUGCAGUACAAACUAGGCUAAUGGUGAUUGGUGUACCUAGAAAGAGAUGCUAUACUUUGGCAUGCCGUACCUUAAGCAUAGUAGCUACCAUCAAGUGUUUAUUAGGAACAACAGGCAUGCUUUGCAGUCCAUAAAAUAGCUUCCAUAUAAUAAGGGGUGUGUGUGUUGCUCUGUUUGAGUCCAUUUUAUCAUUUGCACCCACCAGGAGGAAAGAACAUUGUAAAGAAGAUUUGGCAUUGCUGUUCCCCUAAUAAUUUUGUUUUUCUAUAUAAUGUUUGAGCUUGUACCCAAUGCCUUUCCCCCCUCUAGAUAAAAUUUAGAACAGUGGAUCUCAAACUCCCCCCUCCCUGCCACCCACCACUUGAGGGUCUUGGUGGAUCACUUCAUGUUUUUUCUGCUUGUUUCUUUAGCAACUGUAAUGUUACUAAAGUACUUUUCAAACAUUAUGUGGAAUGCAAAUUUUAGUACAAUACAACAUGAUAAGAAAUAAAAAAAGCAAUUAAAACACCACUAAAAAUCAAUAUGAAUAUUGUAAUGGAAGGGUCGCAGACCACCUGAGUGAAACAUAUCAUGGUUAAGGAACCCCUACUUUGGAAAAUCAUUCACCCGUUUCUCCAGUGGUUUUUCUGGAAUAUAUAUGGGGACUGUUUUAAAUAAAUAUAGGAAAUAAUGAUACAACCCUCAUAUUAAGUCAUGCUAUCCACCCAAACUGGGAAUCGUGCCAAAUCAUUCAGUGCAUUUUUCAAGAGUGUUGCAAAGGUGGUUUGAUACAACUGUGACAAUUGAGUAAUUAUAUUUACUCCAAAAUAUUUCACUGAGGUGGUGAUGCAUUUAAAGGGAAAUACAUACCCCACAAUUCCUUGAGAGAGAGAACAUCAUGAGAACCUCUGAUUUGUCAGUUUAUUUUUAAAUACUGAGAUGGAGCCAAAGGAACCAAACUCUGGAAGAAUUGUCAAAAGAAGGAGGUCAUCUGCAUAUAAUCGUAUUUUAUGACACUCUUGCCUAGUUAGUGGGAAGCAGGCUGGCAUAGCACCAUUUAUUGCUGCACAAUAUUGUGCUGUAGAAUGCAAGACAUUUACCAUUCUACAUAAAUUAGAUUCAGAGUUAAUACUUUUAAACAGUUGUUUCAAAAAGGGCCAUUCCAAACUGUUAGUGGCAAGAAACUGGAGAAACAGCAGGACUCUUGUAAUUUAUGGAAAACUCAGGAAGAGCCUUUUUGAAAAAACUGAAAUGUCACCUCAUCAGAAUCAAUUUUAAUUUAGGUUCCAGCAAAAUAUUAAAUUUUACCUGCUAGGAUAGAUGUAAAAACAAAUAUUUCCUCUUGGUUAUUGAAGGAUAUAGGUCAGAAUACUUGUGGUAGAGAGAAUUCCUUGCAUUGCUUUUGAAUAGCAGCAUUAAAAUUAUUUCACACGAAAAUCUAGUGUUUGCCCGAUUGAAGGCACACCACUGAAGGCAUCCAGCACAGGAGGAGCUAGAAACUUGCCACUAAAAUGUUUACAGAACUCAGCAGGAAGGCAGUCUGUUCCAGGAGCAUUUCCAUUGUUCACUUUUUAGCUCUCUGGACUUGCUCUGUUGUUCUGGCACCUGUUUACGCAGUGCCUCUAUUUUGGGCAUUCCACAUCUCUGCAGCACAGCAGAGGCAUCUACCUCUUUUGGGAAAUUUGAUUGAUAGAAGGUCUUGUAUAUUUUGCAAAAGCAGUUGCUAUCUCAUUUGUAUUCUUAAUUGUGGGCCCAUGAUGAUGCUGUUGCUUGGAUUUCUUUGGGUUUUUUAAAAAAUACAUAUGUAUCUUUUUCUAUAUUCAGAAUAGGAUUGUUUCAUGUAAAAUAUAGGUCCCCCCCUUUGUUUCAUUGGUUUCUACUGAUUUUCUAGUAAUUUGGAGUUGGUAACAUUUUCUACACCUGUUCCAGUUUAGAAAUUGCCAUGCAAGGACUUGCCAUUGUGCCUCUCUUUCUUUUCACAUCUGAGGCAAGGACAAUCGAGUGACCUCUGAUAACAGUUUUGAAGGGAUCACAUAUAACUGUUGCUGAUGGAUGUGACAUGUUCUCUUUAAAAGAGUAUCCUGUCUUCCAUCAGUGUUUUCCUCAACUCUCUGCUAAACAUCAGGAGGGUAUUCAGCCUCCAUCUGUUGGUUUGCCUCAGUGGUUGCUCAGUUGCAAGCUUGCACCUCACCAGAGCAUCAACGGAUCAUGUGCAGAUGCCAGCAUCCACCUUGUGGACUAUGCCUCAAGCUCUGUGUGGUUAGGAUAAAAUCACACCAAGAGUGAGAUUUAUCUAUGCUCAAAUAAUAUGCAUGGUCUUCAAUCAUGAGUUUUAGCUCCGCCAUACCUCUGGUCUUAGAUUAUAAAUAAUUUGUUUAGUGUAUGAAUAUGAAUGUUCCAUCUGAGUGGCUUUCAGUGAAAUUCUACACAUGUCUACUCAGAAGUAAGUCCUAUUAAGUUUCAUGGGGCUUAAUCCCAUGUAAUAGGAUCGCAGUAUAACCCUUUAUCAUUGGCCUGUCCUUCCCAAUUGUAUAAAGACUUGUUUCAAAGCAUUUAGCCUACUUUUAACUAGGGGCGUAGAGAGAUCACCACCAGCUUGUAAUAUAAUUAUGAUUUAAUUAUGGGUGGGCACCACCCGGUCAUUAUAUAAUUUUCCUUUUACUAAGAUGCACCUCUUGUUGUAAUCAUUAGCCUACAAUGCACAUGCAAGUAUUGUAUUAUUACCAAAUACUAUGGCUACACCUCUGCUUUCAGAGAUAUUCUGGUGCAACAUAAUGAGUUGCAAAGCAAAGAGGCUUUAAAGAACAUCCCACCAUUUUUUAAAACAUGUCUCUAUCUAGAAGGAACAUAACAAUCCUGGCUGCUGCUCUAACACCUGUGUAGUUUUCUAUAGUUUUAUGCAGUGGUUAAGGCUUUUGGCAUUAAAAAAAAAAAAUAGUAGCCUCAUUUUUUUAACAUUUCAAAAGUACGGUAAAUCCCAAUGAGUUCAAUGAAGCUUACUCCCAGGUAAGUGAUUAUAGGAUGACAGCUUAAUUGAAGCACAAUGAUUCUAGUAUUUUUAUGUGCUCUCCUGUUAAAUACCAGGAGUUAGUGUGCAUCCCUCUGAAGAUCCCCAAUCACUUAAACAAGAACAAAAUGUCCCUGGUGCAGAAGUUUUCUCAAAUGAAUAUGCUUUCAUUUGCUCAUACUAAAAAAACACACUGCAUUGUUUUAUACGGUUGAAUAGUUUCUGGCUUGUUUUGGUUUUCAUUGCUUGCUUUUAAUAAAGUUUUUAUUUCUUAUGGCCCCAGAAUCCAUAUGUGGGUGAAGGUGUGGCUUAGAACAUUGAGUAAAUAAAUAUCGCUCCCCUAAAUUCCCUAAGUUGGGGCAUGAACCAUUUGUCAUACUUUAGGAGUGGGAACAUUAAUUCCACAUCUCUCACCCAGCCUGAGAAAUAAUACACAGGUCUUUGGUGCUCUCCCAUAUUUGGGUACCAAUGAGAGGAGGUUGGCUACAAAAUGUUAACGGUUCACAGGGUCCUUUAGGUCUGAACCCAAAGGUGGCAUGUUCUCCUUUUGCCCUGAUUCACCAGUUCUUUUUCAUUUGUGCUUGGUUCCCUCUAGAUGUACAUAUUUUCUUUCUGUGUCACAGCCAUCUGAUGCGUCUCAUGUAGGCUGCUUGCCUUACACACCCCUUGAGAAUUCCAAGUGCUCCUUUCUCAUUCAUAUCUCUUGCGGACAGGAGGAACAAGUCACUGUAAAAGGGGUAUCCCCAGCUAUAUUCCCGUUUGCAAGGCAGUUUUUCAGGUCUUGUCAUACUUGAAGUGUUUCCAAGUACAGGUAUUAGAGAACGGCUGCAUACACCUUAUAUACCUGCAUACACCCCCCCCAAAGAAUCCUGAGAAUUGUAGUUUACCCUUCAUAGAGCUAUAAUUCUCAGCACCUUAAACUAUAGUUCCCAGAAUUCUUUGGCGGCAGGAAACAUGUUGCAGUACACAGCAUGUAAAUGCCUAAAUGUGAUUGCAGCUUUAAUUCUGUUUUGUUUUAGCAUGAACUCCUUGUUCUUAAUAAUUCAUACAUUUUACAGUUCUACCUGUGGAGUGCCAGGUGUUGCUCUCAAGUAAAACAUGACUCUAUGAACUUUUCUCCAGGUGCCCCCCUGAGGAUGCCUCCAGAUCAAAUGUAGAAGCCAGCCAUUCUGCAAUCAAAGCCUCUACUGACUUAUCUUGCCCUGUGUCUUCUUUUAACCUGCAAAAAUGCAGGUUGCAGAAUCCAGAUGCUGUUUUCAGCAUCAUCCACUUUGUCUUUCAGAUAAUGGUUUGUUCAUCGGAGCUUUUGGAAGUACUUUCCUGUAAGUAUUCCAAAGUCCAAAUUAUUUAGUGUGCAAGCUUCGGAGUUCGUCAGAACUCUCCCACCGGCUGGGUGUAAAGCAAAGGAAAUGAAAGCUGAUUGAGAAAAAGAUGUUGCUGAUUUGAAACACCCUGUCUUGCUGUUCAUAACAGUGAUCAGAUGAUACGAUAUGGAGGGGGUUAUAUGCAGUCUAAGGCUGCAAGCCUUACAUGCACUUACCUGCUGGGAGAAAGUCCCAUUGGGCCCAAGAGCAUUUACUUCUGAGUAGACAUCAUAAUCAUGAAGCUCACUGGGUGAACUUGGGCCAGACACUGCCUUUCACCCUAACCUACCUCAAAGGGUUGUCAUGAGGAUAAAAUGGGAAGAGGAAGAACUAUGCACAGGUUACCAACUUAGAGAGAAAGGUGGGAUGUAAACAACAUCAUUAUUAUAUGAAUAUUACAAUUAAUAAAAAGCAUGUAUAAUUUUAAA